AACGAAUCAAUAAAGAUCAACUUGUCUUCAAAAUUAGAAAAAUGUCAACACCAGUGUUGUAUUCCUAUUUUAGAAGCUCUUGUGCAUGGAGAGUAAGAAUAGCUCUCAAUAUCAAGGGUAUACAGUAUGAAUACAGAGCAGUCAAUCUAAUCAAAGAUGGAGGAAUGCAGAGGAAAGAUGAGUAUACCACAGUUAACCCAAUGCAGCAAGUACCAGCUCUGAUUAUGGAUGGUGCUACUCUCACUCAAUCUAUUUCCAUUAUGGAAUACUUGGAAGAAAAGUACCCAACCAAUGCAAUUAUGCCAAAGGACCCCCUUCAAAGAGCAAAAGUCAGAGAAAUUUGUGAGUUGAUAGCAUCUGGUAUUCAGCCCAUCCAGAAUCUAAUAGUCCUGCAGAAAGUGGAGAAACUCUCCAGUGCAGAGGAAAAGUCAGAGUGGGCCAGAUUUUUUAUAGAAAAGGGAUUUAUAGCACUGGAAACUAUUCUUGGUGAAUGUGCUGGGAAAUAUUGUGUUGGGGACACGGUUACAAUGGCUGAUAUCUGCUUGGUACCACAAGUUGGUAAUGCCAAAAGGUUCUCAGCUGAUAUGAGCAAGUUUCCAUUGAUUUCAAAGAUCAACGAAGAACUAGAAAAAAUUGAAGCAUUUCAAAAAGCAAGUCCCUUUAAGCAGCCAGACUGUCCUGAGGACUUAAGAGCCUGAUGUUCUACUGACCAAAGAUUAAGUGUGUUCAACUUAUGAGAGUAUAUUUUGUUUAUACUGUGAGGGACAAAUCAUGAACAAUCAUUGCAGCUAUUUUAUCUUGAUACUGAUACAUUUAUAUUUGCAAGAAUUUACAUUCAUAUAGUUUAAAAAUGAUAUAGACUUUCUUUAAGUUUGUAGUAUGAAUUGUAUUGAAUUUCUCUAGGAAUAUGAAAAUUUUUGUGUUUUUGAAUGAUUGGAUUUUUUAAUAUGAUUGUCAUUGAUUUUAAUUGUGAUACAAAUAUAUUUGUACAUCAUUGA